AUGAGUAGUGGAAAACUGAUAUAUUGGCUCCAAUCCAAGGCGGCUUUCGAAGUUUUUUAUGUUUUCUUAGUGUUAUCUGAUCUUAAGCAAUUUAUUAAAUUUGAUUGUCUUAUUAUCAGAAAUUCUAAUGCUGAUCAAAAAUUUAGCAUUUUUUAUUUAAUUUGGCUGUCAGGCAUUUUGACAGACCGAAAUACAUUAAUUAAAAUGUUGGCAAGAUGACAAACUUUCACAACUUCUCAGGUAUUGUUUCCUUUCAAUCUCUUGAGACUGAAUUGGAGCCAAUACUCAUUUUCUCCAAUAACUACAGAAAGGCAGUCUUUCACAUCACUAAAUACUCCGGUCCAGCCUAGGAAUACGCCAUAUCGGGCCAUUUAG